AUGCAACCCGAGAGUGAAGACCGGAGGGGGGACAAGGAACGGGAGGUCAUCCUGCUGGGGAUCCUAAACAUAGACAAUGUGUAUGGCAAGGAUUGGAUUACAAAAAAAAAAGAAGUGAAGAAAGACUUACAAAAUAAGUCGAUCAAGUUAAACCACACCUUUAAGAACCCUUCAGCUUUUCAGGAGCGCUUUGAGUUCCUCACUCUAGAAGACUACAAUGCCGUUAAGAAUAAUUAUAUAUACAGCGCCAUCGUUAUUUUUAACCCUAACUUGGGUUUGAAUUCUUCUGCGGGGGAGGACGCCGGGCAGGACGCCAGGGCGGACGCACCCGUUGGGCAGGCAAAGGUGAAGAACACGUGUGUGGUGAGCGGUGGGGAGAACGCCCCACGCGUCGCAAACACAGCACGCGAUGUAAACAACGCAAACAACGCACCGGCAGGAGAGUACUCUAACGGAGGCGCGUCAUCACUCCGUGGUGCAACUACCCCCACGAAAAAAAAGGAAGGAGUUGGCGUCCUAGUCGUCACGUGCAAAAAAACGAACAACGACAAAAUGAAACAUAUUCUAAUCAAAAUGUUGAAGGAGGAAAUAAAAGUCGAGUGCACCGUACUUAAAUGUAGAGAUGGCCACUUCUCCAGCCUCUCCCAUGUCCGUCGUGAGGAGAGAGAAGUGAAAGGGAAGCACACUGAAAUUAGACACUUGGGUCGCCCCGUUCCCUCCUCCCCGGAUGUACCUCAUUCACGCGUACAGUCUAUAGCUCCGUCUGAAGCGGCGUCCAUUGUUACCCCCCCGUCGGACGCAACCAACAAGCCCUUCGACGUGUCUAACAAGCCCUUCGACGCAACAACCAAACCCUUUGACGCAACAAACAAACCCUUUGACGUGUCUCGGAAUAAUUUUUUUAACAUGACUGCCUACAUAUAUGGAUCAUCCAACCUGUUGGCGAACACCAGUUUGAUUCUACGAGAGUACGGAGACGAUGAGUGGGCCGAACGCCUGCGGCGGACGAAGAAGGGGAAGGAGCAGAAACUCGGGGGGUGUCCCCCAGGUGCCCAGGACACUUCAACAUCGCGGGAAAGUGGUCUCAUCAAGACCUUCACAUCGUUGUUUAAGAAGUGA